AUGGCUGCGCCCGCCGCGGCACCGGCGCUCAUGGACGCGAAGCCGGAGCCGGAGCAGCAGGACCAGCCCCUGCUCCCGGGCCUGCCGGACCACCUCGCCCACCUCUGCCUGGCCCCUCUCCCGCCGCGGCUCAUGCACGCAGUCUGCCGCCCCUGGCGCCGCCUCCUCUACUCGCCCUCGUUCCCGCCGUUCCUCUCGCUCUACGCGGUACUCGACGACGCCUCCACCGGCCCCGCCUCCGGCACCGGCACCGGCGGCGUCUCGUUCGCCGCCUACGACGCCGUGGCGGGGCGGUGGGACGACCUGCCGGCGCCGCCGAUGCCGUCUUCGCCGCCGAGGCUAUGGCACCCGUCCUUCCUCUCGCGCCGGCUCCCGCUCCAGUCCGUGGCCGCAGGUGGCCGGCUCGUCCUCGUGGCGGGGUCCACGCAGUCGCUGGCCCCGGCGCUGCCCCGCCCUGUCGUCUUCGACCCGGGCGCGCGCGCGUGGCGGCUCGGCCCGCGGUUCCCGUUCGCGCCGCGCCGGUGGUGCGCGGCGGGCGCGGCCCGCGGGCGCGUGUUCGUGGCCGGCGGCGUCGGCGCCGGGUACGACGCCAGCGACGCCCGCUCCGGCGCCACGUGGGACCCUGCGUCCGCGCCGGCAGCGGCGGGAUGGGAGCCGAUGCCGCCCAUGCGGGACGCGCGGUUCAGCCGCGACGCCGCGGAGGCCGUCUGCGCUGCGGGGAAGGUGUGCAUGGUCAGCCUCCGUGGCCGCGGCGCCAAGGAAGGCGCGGUGUUCGACCUGCGCGCCGCAACGUGGGAGGACAUGCCGCCCGGGAUGCUCGCGGGAUGGAAGGGCCCAGCGGCAGCUGUGGACGAGACGACGAUCUUCGUCGUGGACGAGGAGCGCGGGGCGCUGAGCGAGUAUGACUGGGCCGGGGACCGGUGGCGGACGGUGGUGGAGUCGGAGCGGCUCAAGGGCGCCGCGGAGAUGGCGGCGGGCGGGGGCCGCGUGUGCGUGGCGGCCCAGGGCGGCGAGAAGGUGGUCGUGGUCGACGUGGCGCCAUGCCGGCCUUCGCCGCCGCCGCCCUCACGGCGGUGGGGUGCCCCCGCCGCGGCGCCCCGGCCCCGAGUGUGGGAGGUGACGGCGCCGCCCGGGAAGCGGGUUGUGUCGCUUCACGUGCUGCCGCGGAUGGCGCGCGCGGAGUAG